CUCUUCAACCUUUCCUUCAAUCCCAAUGGCAGAAGCUUUGCUAGGAAUUGUGCUUGACAAUUUGGGAUCUUUUCUUCAAGACCAACUUGCAACUUAUUGGGGUGUUGAUCAACAUGCUCAUAAACUUUCCAGCAACCUCACCACAAUCCGUGCUGUCCUCAGAGAUGCUGAGAGAAAGCAAAUAACAAGUCAUGCUGUGAAGGAUUGGCUGCAGAAACUCACAGAUGCAGCAUACGUGCUUGAUGAUAUCUUGGAUGAGUGUUCAGUUCAAUCCAAAAAACUGCACUCUGUUGAUGGUCAUACUUCACGCCUAUCCCAUCUCCAUCCUAAGGACAUUCUCUUUCGCUUUCGUAUUGGGAAGAGGAUGAAAGACAUCACUCAAAGGUUUCAUGACAUUCAUGAAGAAAGGCUCACAUUUGAAUUGCGUGUGGGCGUCACGGAGAAGCAAGCAGUGAAUGAUGAUGAUAAUGAUUGGCGUCAAACUAGCUCAGUGAUUACCUAACCAAUAUUCUGUGGCAGAGACAAGGAUCGAGAGAAAAUUGUAAAGUUUCUGUUGGAAGAUGCUAGUAACAGUGAAGAACUCAGCAUCUAUCCCAUAGUUGGUAUGGGUGGACUUGGCAAAACAACUCUUGCCAAGCGGGUCUUCAAUGAUCACGAGAUAAGUAAACAUUUUGACUUGAGAAUUUGGAUCUGCGUUUCGGGUGAUUUCAAUGUGAAGAGAAUACUGCAAUCCAUUAUAGAAUGUAGCAUUGGUCAAAAUCCCAACCUGGGUGAUUUAGAAGCAAGGCGAAAAAGGGUUGAAGAAGCAUUGCAAAGAAAGAGGUAUUUACUUGUUCUUGAUGAUGUGUGGAAUGAAGACCGAGAGAAGUGGAAGGAGUUGAAGGGGAUGUUGGAGUGGGCGAAGGGAGCAAAAGGAGCUACGAUUUUGGUCACCACUCGACUUCAGGAAGUUGCCUCCAUCAUGGGGACGCAUCCUGCUUACAGUUUGACAGCAUUGUCAGAAGACGACAGUUGGUCAUUGUUCAAACACCAUGCAUUUGAACUAAACAGAGAAAAAAGGGAAGAGCUUGUGGCAAUUGGCAAAGAAAUAGUAAGGAAAUGCGUUGGUUCGCCACUUGCAAUCAAAACACUGGGAAGCUGUUUGCGUGAUGUAAGUGAAAUAAAGCAGUGGCAGAAUAUAAAGGAAAGUGAGAUUUGGAAUAUACAGGAGGUAAGUAGUUCUCUGAUAAGUGACGAAAAUUCUAUCAUGCGUGCCUUGAAAUUAAGCUAUUUUAAUUUGGAGUGGUCAUUGCGGAGAUGCUUUUCUUUCUGUGCAAUUUUCCCUAAAGAUUUUGAAAUUGAUAAAGAAGAACUCAUUCAUCUUUGGAUGGCUAAUGGAUUUAUUAAACAGGAAGGGAAUGUAGAGGUGGAGGAUGUUGGUAAUAAAGUGUGGAAAAGAUUAUACGAUAGAUCAUUCUUUCAAGAAGCAAAGGCCAAUAGGAUUGGUAUGAUUAAAACUUUCAAGAUGCACGAUCUCUUCCAUGAUCUUGCUCAGUCUAUUAUGGGCGAAGAAUGUGUGAUUUACGGGGAAAGAAAGUUGACUCGAUUGCCAAAUAGAGUUCACUAUUUACGAUUGUUAAAUUCUAAUUAUUUUGUCGAUAUGGCUGCCUUCAAGAAAGUUGAAUCAUUUCGAACUGUAAUUGAUUUUGGUCAAGGAUUGCAUUGUGUAAAUAUUGGUUUGUUGCCAUCAAAUCAUUGUCUCCGAGCAUUACACAUAAGAUCUUCUCUUUUCUCCCCACUGAAUAAUUUAUCACAUUUGAGAUAUUUGAGUUUGGACAUGUGUUCAGUAUUGCAUAAUUCUAUUUGUGGGUUGCAGAAAUUGCAAAUACUGAAACUCGAAUAUUGUGGAGGGUUGCAUAAUUUUUUUCCAGAAAACAUGACACAAUUACAGGAUCUUAGGCAUCUUGUGAUUAAUAAAUGUCCUUCAAUAGCAGAGAUGCCUCGGAAUAUUGGAAAGUUAAGGCAUCUAAGAACAUUGAACACCUUCGUCGUGGGUUCAAAACUGGAGUAUGGGUUGGCAGAGUUACAUGGCUUAAGUCUGGUUGGCAAACUGCAUAUGAGAGGCCUUGAGAAUGUGAGCAAUGAAUGGGAGGCUAAAGAAGCAAAUUUGAUGAGCAAGAAGGAGUUGAAUCGCCUAUACUUAUCAUGGGGUGGUAGUGCUAACUCACAAGGUAGUAAUGUUAGUGUGGAGAGAGUCCUGGAAGACCUGGAACCUCCCUCAACUCUGAAGAGUUUUGGGAUGCAAGGAUAUCAGGGAAGAAAGUUAUCGAGUUGGAUGAGAAGUGUUGUAGUUCUUAAAGACUUGGUGGAAGUUAUACUCGUGGACUGUAAGAACUGUGAGGAGCUUCCUCCACUUGGAAAACUACCACACUUGAAAAAGAUAGACGUGCGUGGAAUGAAAAAUGUGAAGUGGAUAGAUGGUGAGUCGUAUGAAGAAGGUGUGGAGGAGAAGGCAUUUCCAUCGUUGGAGAAAUUGAGUGUGAAGAAUUUACCAAAUUUGGAGAGGUUGUUGAGGGAUGAAGGAGUAGAAAUGGUCCCUCGUCUUUCCCAAUUAAGAAUUGAUGGUGUGUUGAACUUUAAAGUCCCACGUCUUCCUUGUGUUGAGACAGUUCAUGCUAGAGGAAUUGAGGCAGUGACUUCUUUCAUGGAAGGGGUUGCGGAGAAUAUGACAUGUCUGAAGAGCUUGCAAAUUGCAUUCAUGAAAGAUUUGAAGGUACUGCCCGACAAACUGAGCAGUCUGAGUGCACUACAGAAACUAGAGAUAUUGGGAUGUGAGGAGUUGAGGUCACUGCCAAGUAGCUUUCAACGCCUCACCAACUUGUCUAAAUUAAGUAUUUUCAAUUGUCCUUGGCUGAUGGAGAGAUACAGAAGGGAAACAGGAAAUGAUUCGCAACUCAUAGCUCACAUUCCAAAUAUAGAAUUGGAAUACAUCUUCGCAUUCGAAGAGACAGAGGCUUUACCAUUUAGUGUAGAAAGUUGGCUGCGAUCAUCUUGCUCAUGGAACUGCUUCAAGGCUACAAGACCGCCUGCCAAAAUAGAAAAAUUUUAUUUUGACUACAUGGAUGAAAUGGCUGAGCCUUUGCUCGGAAUUGUAAUUCAAAACUUGCAAUCUUUUGGCCAAGACCAACUUGCUACGUUUUGGGGUGUUCACCAACACACUCAAAAGCUUUCCAGCAAUCUCACUGCAAUCCGUGCUGUCCUCAGAGAUGCUGAGAGAAAACAAAUCACAAGUCAUGCUGUCAAAGAUUGGCUGCAGAAACUCACAGAUGCAGCAUAUGUGCUUGAUGAUAUCUUAGAUGAAUGUUCUAUUCACUCCACAAAAGUGAAUUUUGGUGAUGGAGAUACUUCAUGCCUAUCCCGUCUCCACCCUAAGGACAUUUUCUUUCGUUUCAAUAUUGGCAAGAGGAUGAAAGACAUCACCCAAAGAUUUCAUGACAUUCACGAAGAAAGGAGCAUGUUUAAUUUAGUACCCGGUGUCACAGAGGUCCAAACAAUCCAUGAUAAUUGGCGCCAAACUAGCUCUGACAUUACAGAGCCUAUAGUCUACGGCAGAGACCAGGAUCGAGAGCAAAUUUUGAAGUUUCUUUUGGAAGAUGUUAGAGACAGUGAAGACCUCUCCGUCUAUCCCAUAGUGGGCAUGGGUGGACUUGGCAAAACAACACUUGCCAAGCAGGUCUUCAAUGAUAACAGGGUAUGCAAACAUUUUGACUUGACAAUUUGGGUUUGUGUUUCUGAUGAUUUCAACACCAAGACAAUACUACAAUCCAUCAUAGAAUGCAUCACCGGACAAAAUUUCAAUCUCAAUAGCUUAGAAGCAAUGCGGAAAAAGGUUGAAGAAGUGUUGCAUGGGAUGAGGUAUUUACUUGUUCUUGAUGAUGUGUGGAAUCAAGACCCAGAGAAAUGGGAGCAGUUGAAGGGAAAGUUGCAGUGCGCAAGGGCAGCAAAAGGAGCUACCAUUUUGGUCACCACUCGACUCAAGGAAGUUGCUUCCACCAUGCAGACGCAUCCUGCUUACGAUUUGAAAGAAUUGUCAGGAGAUGAUAGUUGGUCAUUGUUCAAACACCAUGCGUUUGGACCAAACAGAGAAGAAACGGAAGAACUCGUGUCAAUUGGCAAAGAGAUAAUGACAAAAUGCGUUGGUUCACCGCUUGCAAUCAAAACAUUGGGAAGCCUAUUACGUGAUGAAAGUGACGUAAAACAAUGGCAGAAUGUAAAGGAAAGUGAGAUUUGGGAUAUACGGGAGGAAAGUAGUUCUGCGACAGGUGAGGAAAAUUCUAUCAUGCGUGCUUUGAAAUUAAGCUAUUUUAAUUUGGAGUUGUCAUUGCGGAGAUGCUUUUCUUUUUGUGCAAUUUUUCCCAAAGAUUUUGAAAUAGACAAGGAAGAACUUAUUCAUCUCUGGAUGGCUAAUGGAUUUAUUAAAUGUGAAGGAAAUGUAGAAGUGGAGGAUGUUGGAAAUAAAGUGUGGAAAAAAUUAUACAGUAGAUCAUUUUUUCAAGAAGCUAAGUAUGAUGAAUUUGGUAUGAUCACAACUUUCAAGAUCCAUGAUCUAUUUCAUGAUCUUGCCCAGUCUAUUAUGGGUGAGGAAUGUGUGGUUAUUGUGAAAGGAAGAUUGACUCCAUUGCCAACUAGAGUUCACUAUUCAAGCUUGUUCAAUUCUGGUGUGUCUGAUGAUAUGACUGCUUUCAAGCAAAGAUUGACGACUGAUUUGAAGAAGGUUGAAUCCCUGCAGACUUUUCUUGAUAUUGGUGGUAUUGGCCCGGUGCCAUCAAAUCAUUGUCUCCGAGCAUUGCAAACAAGCUCUUCAUUGUUGUCCCCACUCAAGGAUUUAACACUUUUGAGAUACUUGAGUUUGAGAUUUUGUAGUUGUUCGGAAGAAAGCUUAAAUAGCUCAAUUUGUCAGUUGCCAAAAUUGCAAAUACUGAAACUGUUUCAUUGUCAAGAACUUCAUGGGUUGCCUAAGGACUUGACACGAUUACAGGAUCUGAGGCAUAUUGUGAUUGAUGACAUGGAUACAAUACAAGAGAUGCCUCCGAAUAUUGGCAAGUUAAGGCAUCUAAGAACACUAAGCAUUUUCGUGGUGGGUUCAAAGCCAGGGUGUGGCUUAGCAGAGUUGCAUAGCUUAAAUCUAGGAGGCACGCUGAGCAUCAGAGGCCUUGAAAACAUCUCCGAUGAAUGGGAUGCUAAACAAACAAAUUUGAUUGGUAAGAAGGAAUUGAAUAUCCUGCACUUGUCAUGGGAUGGUAAUGCUAAUCCAAAAGGUAGUAAUGUAAGUGUGGAGAGAGUACUGGAAGCCCUAGAACCACCUUCAACUCUGAAGAGUUUUGAAAUGAAUGGUUAUCAGGGAAGGCAUUUAUCGAGUUGGAUGAGAAAUAAUGCAGUUUUGAGAGACUUGGUGAAAGUUACACUCUCCGACUGUGACAACUGUGAGGAGCUUUCCCCACUUGGUAAACUACCACACUUGAAAAGGCUAAACGUGAGUGGAAUGAAAAAUGUGAAGUGGAUAGAUGGUGAGACGUAUGACGGCGUGGAGGAGAAGGCAUUUCCAUCGUUGGAGGAACUGAUUGUUGAUAAUUUACCAAAUAUGGAGAGGUUGUUGAGGGAUGAAGGAGUAGAGAUGCUCCCUCGUCUUUCCCAAUUAAGAAUUGAAGGUGUGUUGAACUUUAAAGUCCCACGUCUUCCUUGUGUUGAGGAACUUAGUGUUGAAAGGAUUGGCGAAGCGGCUUCCUUCAUGGAAGUUGUGGGGAAUAUGGCUUUUCUAAAGACCUUGAGCAUUGAAAUUAUUAAAGGAGUGGUGGUAUUACCCGACGAAUUCAGGAGGUUGGGUGCACUACAGGAACUAUACAUUGCAGAAUGGUAUGAUGUAGAGUAUUUUCCAGAACACGUGCUGGAAGGUCUAACUUCUCUUCGAACUUUGUCCAUUAAUUACUGUAAGAAAUUAAAAUCCUUGUCCGAAGGUGUGCGACAUUUGGCUCGUCUUGAGAGUUUGAUGAUCAGCGAUUGUCCAGAGCUGGUGGCUCUACCAAGCAAUAUGAGUCAACUAACUGCCCUGCGGGAGGUUUCAAUCAAUUAUUGCUGCACAUUACCAGAUGGCUUACAACGUGUCCCCUCCCUACGAGUUUUAUAUAUAUACGAAUGCACGUGUACUUCAUUGCCGGACUGGCUAGGAGACAUGACUACUCUUGAACAAUUAAGAAUUGCAUACUGUAAGGAGUUGAGGUCACUGCCGAGUAGCAUUAAACGGCUCACCAACUUGUCUUAUUUAAGCAUAUGCAGAUGUCCUCAUCUGAAGAUGGAAACAGGAGAGGAUUGGCAAUACAUAAAGCACAUUCCAAAAUUAGAACUAUUGCCAUGAUCUGUUUACUUCUCUCCCUAUUGUGUGAGUCUGUCCUUGAAAAUUAUGUAGCCUUUUUGCGCAAUUGAAUAAUAAAACAACGUUCACUAUUGUUUGUGCUCACAUAAAGUCGUAAAAGAAAUCAUUUUUUUU